UCAAUCAUCUUUUAGGUCAAAGAGACGAAAGUUUGAGCAUUUGGAAACUGUUGAGGAAGUAGAGAUUGAAGAAGCAUCCUCAAGCAAGGGAGAAUGCGAGCAUCCAGGUUCGUUUGGAAACAUGUGCUUUGUCUGUGGGCAAAAAUUGGAAGAAACUGGUGUUUCGUUUAGAUAUAUACACAAGGAAAUGAGGCUCAAUCAAGAUGAGAUCUCCAGGUUGCGUGAUUCAGAUAUGGGAUUCUUGCAACGCCAGCGGAAGCUGUAUUUAGUUCUCGAUCUAGACCACACGCUGCUUAAUUCUACCAUAUUAAGGGACCUGAAACCAGAGGAGGAAUACUUGAAUAGCCAUACUCAUUCUCUUCAAGAUGUUUCCGGAGGUAGUCUUUUCAAGAUGGAAUUUAUGCACAUGAUGACCAAACUGAGGCCGUUUGUUCACUCAUUUCUAAAAGAAGCCAGUGAGAUGUUUGUGAUGUACAUAUACACAAUGGGAGAUAGGCCAUAUGCGCGACAGAUGGCGAAGCUGCUGGACCCCAAAGGAGAGUACUUUGGUGAUCGGAUCAUUUCUCGGGAUGACGGCACAGUGAGACAUCAAAAGAGUCUAGAUGUGGUGCUUGGACAAGAAAGUGCUGUUCUGAUUCUUGACGAUACAGAGAAUGCGUGGCCAAAUCAUAAGGACAAUUUGAUCGUAAUAGAGAGGUAUCACUUUUUCGCUUCGAGCUGCAGACAGUUUGAUCACAAAUACAAGUCUCUAUCGGAGUUGAAGAGCGAUGAGAGUGAACCAGAUGGGGCACUUGCAACUGUCCUGAAAGUCCUAAAACAAGCACAUGCUCUUUUCUUUGAGAAUGUGGAUGAAGACAUAUCUAAUAAAGAUGUUAGGUUGAUGCUGAAACAAGUGCGUAAAGAGAUACUUAAAGGAUUUAAAGUAGUGUUCAGUCGGGUGUUCCCAACCAAGGCAAAGCCAGAAGAUCACCCUCUGUGGAAAAUGGCUGAGGAUCUGGGAGCAACCUGCGCAACGGAAGUGGAUGCAUCAGUGACACACGUGGUGGCCAUGGAGAUGGGAACAGAGAAGGCACGUUGGGCUGUGAGAGAGAAGAAGUUUGUGGUGCAUAGAGGAUGGAUAGACGCAGCGAAUUACCUGUGGAAGAAGCAGCCAGAAGAAAACUUCAGUUUAGAGCAGCUCAAGAAGCAACAAGGAACAGAAGAAGAGUGA